UGUCUCGCGGUUGACCCAUUUUCCUGACAAUCAACGAACAUAAUUUACUUGAUAUUUGUAAAAGCCGACUGCGGACGAUCGUCGUCGAGUGAUCCUGCGAUUAUCGCGUUCGCCGAACGCGAUGCCCACCGACAAUGCUGCUUUUGCGGCCACAGGUGCCGCUAAAAAUGACGGGAAUCGCCGUGCCGCCCGUGCCGGCUGGACAAGGCGGAGAGGUGGCUGCCAGAACAAGUCCGGCGGGAGGGGCUUCAAACGCGCGUUCGACCGAUCGCCGCGAGAAAACGCGAAGAGGAGCAGACUGGAUGUCGGCAGUAGGCUGAAGGAGUCUGACAUAGGAAUUACGGAGUACAUCGGCCAGCAGCACCCCGGCUUCUUUGCAAUAAUCAAAGAGAGGUACACCGACUUUCACGUCAACGAGAUAGGCCUCGACGGACAAGUGGCCAAGCUGACCAGUCAAGACGUUCCACGUGAUCCCUGCGACGACGAGAGUAUCGAGGAUCUGAAGACGUCGGUGUCGCCGGCGAUAUGGGAACAACUGCGGGGUCUGGGAGAGGAAAAUCCUUCGAGUGUGGAGAUCGACGUAACUGGCGUCGAUAAGGUCGCGCGCAGGACCAUUCAUACGAUCGCGAAGAAACUGGCAGACGUUGUCAGCCAGACGGUAGACAGAGACGAUAAAAAGUUCAUCACAAUUGUGCCAGUGUCAAAUAAAGGCGAUCAGACUGUUUACAAGAUGCGCAGAGAUAGGAGGAUAGAUUGGAGCAGAUGCGGCGGGGAUUACUGUCACUUUCUGUUGCACAAAGUGAACAUGGAUACGAUAAGCGUCGUUAAUCAGCUGGCGGCGAACCUGCGGCUGCAGCCGAAUAAUCUUUGUUACGCCGGCACCAAGGACCGCCGAGCGUGGACGACCCAGUGGAUGAGUUUGAAGAAGGUGGACCCGCGCAACAUAUUGAGAGCGAGUAAAAGUAUACGCGGCGCAUACGUAGGGAACUUCAAAUACGCUAAAGACAGCCUGAAAUUGGGGAUGCUGCGCGGCAAUCGAUUUAGGAUCGCGCUGAGAAGCGCCUGCGAGACGGACGAGAAGAUCGAGCGAGCGAUGACGUCGUUGCGUGACAAUGGCUUCAUUAAUUAUUACGGUUUACAAAGAUUUGGCUCGGUGUCCGCUAUACCCACGCACGAAAUCGGAAAGUGUCUACUCCAGGGUAAAUGGGACGAAGCGAUUGAAUUGAUCUUGAAACCGCGGCCGGAACAAGAUAAGGAAUUGGCGGAGGCUAGACAGAUCUACGCGAAAACCAAGGACGCACGUGCUGCCUAUGCCAAGCUCAAGAGAAUCGAUACGAUCGAAGCCAGACUUCUGAAAGGUCUACAAGUAUCGGGCGACAAGAAUCCUCUAGGCGUGCUCGACUCAGUGCCUCGAAACAUUCGAUUAAUGUAUAUUCAUGCCUAUCAAAGCUUCGCGUGGAAUCACGUCGUGUCGAGAAGAAUGAAACAGUUUGGGACAGAUGUGGUCGUGGGUGAUUUAGUUUACGAUAAACAGAACUGCAAGGAGAUUAUAAGUGACGAAACUACGGAUUAUCCUUUGAACAAUAGCGAUGACACGAGAGACAAAACUGAUAUUUCUAUUGAAGAAAAAGAAGAUAUCGAUUCCACGUCAAACGAAGCGAGUAAAGAGAAUUCGGAGCAGAAUUUUCCGGCAGUGAAAAUUCUCACGGAAGAGGAUCUGUCAAAUUACACUCUGGCAGACGUGGUCAUGCCUCAACCCGGGUGGAAAGUUACAUACCCGCCGUACGCGAAGGCUUGGUUCGACGAAUUUUUAGCCAAGGAUGGAUUAACUACCGAUCUUAAGCAAAACAAUAAAAAAUACAGCUUGAGUGGGGCCUAUAGAAAUGUAUUAGAAAUUCCGACGAAUCUAUCUUGGAAGAUUAUGCAUUACGAAAAUAAACACGACGAUCUAAUUCUAUCAGAUAUCGACGAAAUGAGGAAGUCUACAUCUCCGCAAGAUAAACCAAAUGGAAAGAAUAAAGCGUUGAUCAUAGAAAUGUGUUUGAAGUCCAGCAGUUAUGCCACAAUGGCUCUGCGCGAAAUUUUAAAGCACGAUACUUCGGCAGAAACGCAGGCCGCUUUAUCCGCUGCUCACGAUGCAAAGAAUACGGAGCCUAAUGCGACCACCGUAGAUGAAUCUGGUAGCGGAGAUUUAGUGGAAAUUGAGGAAGAUAAUACGGACAAAAGUCAUGUCAAAUGCCACGAAGAACGUAGUGAUGUAGAAAGAGACGAGACAAUGAAAAGAAAUGAUAUGGAGAACAUAUCUGAGACAUGACAAGCAGCCAUCAAACCUGCCACGUUCUCAAAAUCAAUCUUUUCAGUGAUGUUCUUGGUUUUGAUGUUCUCAUCUUGAUUCGCAACGAA